AUGAAUCUCUGCAUUCACAGUGCGCAACCUGAUGAGGUUGUGCAAUGUGAGUGCACGUCCGAGGGGGUGGUGGUGUUGACAUUAGAUAUUGCAUCCACAUUCGAGUUGAUUGGAGGUGAGGAAAUCUGUCGCGCCAUCGCAGCUCUCAAAGAUGCUGGUGAGGAAGUGGGAGAAGGUGGGGGCCAAGACGUUUUUACUGGUUCUGGUGAUCAUGCAGCUGAAGUCCUUCAGUUAAGGACUGAGCUGGAUGAAACACGUGAGCGGGAGCGCUCCUUGAUUUUGCUGAAUCAAGAGAAGGAGAAGCGACUGGAGGAGCUUGCCAACGAAUUGAUGAUGUUGAAGGGAAUCAUCAGAGUGUGUGGCCGUGUUUGCCCUCCUCGUGGAAAAGACGUUCCACUUUCUGUACAGAUUCUUGAGGAUAACACCAUGUAUAUUGAAGGGUAUAUACGCCAUUUCAAGCUCAACAAGGUCUUCCCACAUACAACAAGCCAAGAAGACGUGUUUCAAUAUGCUUCAGAAUUUAUCAAGAGCGUUGUUGACGGCUAUAAGGUAAUAUAG